UUUAAAAGGGCUGGAGAUUGCGGGCGUCAGUGGCCAUGGCGGAUACAGCGACUACAGCAUCGGCGGCGGCGGCGGCGGCGGCGGCUAGUGCCGCUAACGCCUCGACCGAUGCACCGCCUUUCCAACUGGGCAAACCCCGCUUCCAGCAGACAUCCUUCUACGGUCGCUUCAGGCACUUCUUGGACAUCAUCGACCCUCGCACACUCUUUGUCACUGAGAGACGUCUCAGAGAGGCUGUGCAGCUGCUGGAAGACUACAAGCAUGGGACCCUGCGUCCGGGGAUUACUAACGAGCAGCUCUGGAGUGCACAGAAAAUCAAGCAGGCUAUUCUACACCCGGACACCAAUGAGAAGAUCUUCAUGCCCUUUAGAAUGUCAGGUUACAUUCCUUUUGGGACGCCAAUUGUGGUUGGUCUUCUCUUGCCCAAUCAGACAUUGGCGUCCACUGUCUUCUGGCAGUGGCUGAACCAGAGCCACAACGCUUGUGUCAACUAUGCAAACCGGAACGCUACGAAGCCUUCACCUGCAUCCAAGUUCAUCCAGGGCUACCUGGGAGCUGUCAUCAGUGCCGUCUCCAUCGCUGUGGGCCUUAAUGUCCUGGUUCAGAAAGCCAACAAGUUCACCCCGGCCACCCGCCUUCUCGUCCAGAGAUUUGUGCCGUUCCCCGCCGUAGCUAGCGCCAAUAUCUGCAACGUGGUCCUGAUGCGGUACGGGGAGCUGGAGGAGGGGAUUGACGUCCUGGAUGGCGAUGGCAACCUCGUGGGUUCCUCCAAGAUCGCAGCCAGACAUGCCCUGCUGGAGACGGCGCUGACGCGAGUGGUCCUCCCCAUGCCCAUCCUGGUGCUACCCCCGAUCGUCAUGUCCAUGCUGGAGAAGACAGCUCUCCUGCAGGCGCGCCCCCGGCUGCUUCUCCCCGUGCAAAGCCUCGUGUGCCUGGCAGCCUUUGGCCUGGCCCUGCCGCUGGCCAUCAGCCUCUUCCCCCAGAUGUCAGAGGCGGCAGGAGAGGAGCAAAAGGUUAAUGAGACACUGUGCAGCGGGAUUACCGACGGCGAGCGGCGGGCGGGCGAGCCAGCCAUGGUGACAGGGAACUAAUUAGGAGCAGUUUAACAGGAGGAAAAAGUGAAAUCUCCUCUUCACCAACUGUCAAUAAUUAGCUGAUUUGGUGAGGCUGAAAUGUGCCCACAGGAAAAGUUGGGGCUUUUCUUUGGAUGAGUGAGGCUGUGGGUACGGGGGCCCCUGGGGGCUCCGCCCUGUCCCUAGGUGGGGCUCAGGCCGGGGGCCGCCACGCAUGCCCCAGGUCUGCCCUCCUCCCGUCUGGCUGGCAUCCCCCAACCUCAACUCUCUGUAUGACCUUGGUCUUCACCCUAAAGACCUGUUUCCCCUGCCAUAAGAUAAGGUGUUGUACGUAAGCUUUCUCCUGGUUCCGCCCAUGAGGAUUCUGGAAGUGAAACCAUGAGACCGGCCCCUGGUACUAAAGCAGGGAGAGCCGAUGGUGGGCUGUGUGACCUUAAGUCAGCUGCUGACCCUCUCCGGCAGUGUGGCUGUGCCACCUCUCGGGCCAGGUGUGGCUUAUGAAUGGUGCUGAAUGGCGAGUGGGCAGAGCCUUCCUUGGAACAUGCCUUCUAGCCCCUGGACCCUCAUUCAACUCCUCUGUCCUCCCAGCAGCAAUAGGGGCUGAGGUGGGGGCACAGGCAAGAUGGGGCCGGGCUGCUGCCAUAGGGCUGGGGGCUCCUCGAGUGUGUGUGUCUCUCCCCCCGGCACCAGUUUUGCGGGGUCCACGUGAGGCCACGGAGUCAGGUUCACUGGCAGCGAGGGUUGUUGCCCUGCAGUUGUCUAUUGUCGGCUGUUGGUUUCUUGGCCCCUGCCCUUUGGCCUUCCCUGACACCUCAGCAGAGGACCCCCUCCCCACCCUCCCUCUGCCCCUCCAGCUUCUGCCUGACACCUUGACUGGAAGAAAAGGCAGCAUCUGAGCCCCCCAGGGCUUGCUGCUCAGAACCUCCCCUGUCAGCCCUGCUAACCCCCCAAGCCCCUCCCUCUCAGCCCAGCCCCUCCUCACCUCAGCCCUGGAGGGUGCAGAGAACCAGAAACCUAAGCCCUCCUUAUGUCCUCACACUAGUCACCCUGGCCCCAGCGGUUGGCUCUUAGAGGUCACACGCAUGCUGUAGGUGAGGUACCUGAAGGUCCAGCGCAGCCAUGCCCCUGCUCACCCCCCUACUUCUUCCAGCUCCCCCUUCCAGCUUCCAUAGUUACGAAACAAAGAGGCACAUCGUCCCUGUAUGUGGAAAGAAUGCGGGUACUCCCAGUGGGUACCAGAACCUCCACCAUCUCUCUCCCCAUCACCAGCCCUGAAGAAAAUGGUAGUUUUGAUGAACCAGCUUGGCCGGGAGCUGUGACCUAGCAGAAGCAAAUGUCUCCCCCAGCUUGCCUCCAUUUCUCUGAGAAAGCAUUUGAACUCCCAACCAAAAACAGGGAAGAGUUGGGGAUGAGCUCAGGUCCACAUUCAAGCUGUUCUAGAAGAGGUCCCUCCUCCAGGAAGUCCUCCCUGAUGAGCCCCCCUAGGAUCUGUCUCUCCCCACACAUGUAGACUCUGGUCGCAUGUGUUUCCUGCGUCCCAUCUCCCUCCCCAGGACAACAGUUCUUUCUCCAUCCCUUGACUCGUAGGGUGUCCCUAAGGCUGAGAACUGGCACCAUUUAUCAACACCUAAUACAGAGCAUGGCUCACCUGGGCUCACCUUGACUUCAUUGCUUCCUGCUUCUCCCACUCUUCCAGGGCUGAUAUGAGGCCAGAAGCAAUGUCUAGGGGGGUAGUGUGUCCCUCUUGAGUCCACAGAGGUUCACCAUCUCCCAGAGCACGUGGCUCCUCCCCUCCAAUCUCAAAUCCUUCUCCUACUUUGCUUGGAGAUGCUUGUUUGGGGCUUUUCUCCUUUACUGCUUUAAUCAGUCCCUAUUGAACUCUGAAGCGGGCUAUUUUUGCCAUCAGAAAUCUGCCGCCUCCCUGCCCGCUGCUUUCUUGGAGUUUGCCCACAGGACCCCCCAGGAGGGACGGAUGGGAAUGGCAAAGCCGCUUGGAGCCCAGGAACGCCAACGCCACCUGUCACGUUGCCUGUUCCACACACCCCCACCCCAAACCUGCGCGUGCAUGCAGGCCCACACACGAGCACGUGCACGAACAUGCGCACACAUGCCCCGGUGACAGGCCUCAGCAGGGCCACCUCUCAGCCCGUCCCUCCCCAGUUCUUUCUAGGACCUUCUAAAACACCUAGCUGAAUAGAGGACAGGGAGGGAGGAGGCUUGGUUGUGCAAAGCUUCUGCUGAGAGGAUUAAAUGCAUCAGUAUGUGUGAAGUAUUUAGAACAUGCCUGGCCCACAGCAAGCGCUCGGCCCUGUGAGCCGUGAGGAGACACAGGCGAGCAAGACCCGGCCUGCCGGUGGGAUAGCCACGGGGUCCUGCCUUCCUUUAGCAGGUUUUCUAAGCCUCCAAAGGGCCUUCUCAUCCAUUUCUUGGUAUUAUCCACAUCCCAGCCCCAGGAGUAGAAAAAUCUUUCCACCUCACAUGUGGGGAAACUGAGACCUUGGGAAGAGGGAGGACAGAGAAUGAUUCUGAGUUUGGUCCACCAGAGGGCACCCAGGAACAGUGCAAAGCUCCAAAAUGGGGGGAGGGGGUGGUCCGAGCAUUCCGUGGGUGCACAUCGCACAGGGGGGAUGGAAAAGUAUAAGAUAAGGGUCCCUGAACUUGGGGAGUGCAGUUCAGUUUGAUUCAACUUUUACCGAGGGCCGACUAUGCACACGGCACAGGGUGAGUGGCUCACGCUGGGGUGCAGUGGGGGGGCCCCUGUAUUCACAGCUGGCCUGCAGCUGCAGGGGUGUAAUCGGCCGGGGGCACCGGAGGCAGCAGCAAUGGAUUUGGUCUGCGAAGAUCAGGGGAAGCUUCCUGGAGGAUUAGGCCUCAAAGCCUACACGUACAACGCACUGGGCAUGAGAGCAGCCAGUGGGUGAGGAAGCUGGAGGAGGUCGCAGAAGACCCUGAGUGUCCAGCCAAGGAGUCUGACAUUCACUGCGAAGGCAGUGGGAGCCCAGAGCCAGCACCAGAGGCCUGCCCCACGGAUCUAGGCUCAGGCCUCAGCUGCUCCCCAGCUCCAGCCUAACACUCCUGUCCUCCAAGGACACGCAGGAUAGCACUCAGGCCUGGACGUGUGUAUCUGAGCAGGACCUGAGGCCCGCCUAGCCCUGGUGACAGGGGGCGGUAUGUGGCCGCCCAGUAGGCAAGUUGGUUCCGGACCUGGCAGAGGCCUCAGGCACACAGGGUCAGCCAGGUGUCUGCCUGGGCUUUGGACCUGUGUCAAUGUUGCCACCACCUGCGGACCCUCAGAGGCCCAGACCCCUGGCCAGGAGCAGGAGGCUGCUUUGAGCCAUGUCACAGGGUCACGCUGAACACCCCACCCCCCAGCCCAAUGCCUUUGAAAAGGAGGCAGAAAAGCCACCAGAAGAAAGGCAAGUAGGAGGAACUUCUUUGUAGUAGGUAAAAGCCCCUGAAAAUGGGGCACAGGCUGGGGAUCCAGUUUCCUGUUUAUGUCUCGGCACCUUAGCUCCAGGUUCAAAUAUGUAAACUAUCUGCUGGCUGCUGGCUGCAGGUGUGUGUGUGCUCUGAGGCUGCAGAGGCAGAGGUGAUCCCAAAUGCAUUCCUGACUCUGGCCCCCCACCCAAGAUGAGCCAGGAGACAGAGGCAAAUAGCUCAGGGUUAACCCUUCCAGCACCACAAAGGAAGCCCUUCAGGCUGCUCUAGGGGGCUCUGGGGCCAGCUGGGCCUGGGGGUGCUCCAGAGAGGCUCGUGCUUUGUGUUUGCUGCCUCUGACCUUAGAUGCAGCCGGAAAUCUGGGGCUAUCUGCUACAAGGGGCAGCAGGGUCUGAGCUGGGUCUGGAGGCUGGGGUUUGGGGCUCUGAUAGGGUUAGGGUUAGGGUUAGGGUCUGAGAGGGGAGGGCAUCCGGGUGAAGCUGUCUCGGAGGCAGGGUGCAGGUUCUGCCUGGGAGUCAGGGAGUGCUAGCAGGGCCAUACUGCUCAUCUCAUGGCAAAGCGAGCUGUUUCCAACAGGCCCACGUCUUCUUGGCACCCCCAGUUCUGGGGCUGGGGGGUACCAUCAACCAGUGCUGAUUGAUCACUUCAGCCAGGGCUCAGGCUCCCCAUCCCAGACCCCGCCUUCCCUCGAGGUCCCCUGCUGACUGGCCAUCAGGCACCUGGGGAGGAGUUCACCAGAUCAAUGGAGGGACCCACAGGUUCCUGCCGGUCCCCCACUGGCUGCCUGGACUGGGUCACCCCUUCUCCCUGUGGCCACUCCUUGCCCAGCCUUCCUUCUCCUUGUCACCUUCUCCCCAGAGGAGGCCCCUCAGAGCUCAUCUGUGGUCAAGCCCCUGCCCUUGGCCUACUACCCUGGGGCUCUACUCUUUUCUGGGCUGAUGAUAGUGACCCCUCCUUGCAGUAUCCGCUCCUCUCACUGGGCCUUGGGAUCUCCCUCUGUCCACAACCCACCUCUGAGCCACUGUGGCCACCACACCAUUUGUUCUGCUGCUGACACAGCACAUGGAGCUGGCUUCUGCUUCUUCCCUUACCCCAAAUAGCAGGGGGACCCCAAGGGAACACACACCCUGUCCCUACCUCUGGGACCCUGAAGCUUGUUAGUUGCCCUCACUCAGUACUUGAAUCUCAUUCAUUUACCAGCACAGCCCUGGAUGUGAUUUCUGUGGAGGGGACUUAGGCCCCCCACACCUCAGAGAGGUGAUCUUCAAGGGGUAGGCAGCAUGGGGGUCCCUGCCCCAGCUUCCUCCGCUGAGCCCAGCGGUGAGGACCCUCAGUGGUCCCGACAUCCGUGAGCCCUCGAGACGGUGAGCCAUUGGCUCAACCCCCAGCUAUGGUCAGAGAACUAGAGAGGUCUUAACGAAUGACCAGUUGAAUUGGCCCAGGAUGGAAGUGAGAGGCUGAGUGAGGGUUAGGAAGUCUGGACUCUAGGGGGUCACCAAAUCCCACCAAAAUCCCUCUGCCAAGACCAAAGACCAAAGCCUCUCAGCCCUCACCGGGGCCACUUGGAAACUCUGUUCGCCUGGCGUUGCCAUGCUGCCUGUUGUCUGUGGUGCCCUCCGUCACUGCCACCGCCCCUUGGGCUGGUCCCCCUAGGCCGCCAUCAUGGGCUUGUUCCCUAUACCCGCCCCUCAAAUGUGCCUGUUCCCCAGGCCUGGCGACCGCCCCUGCCAUCUGCUCUUCUGGGCAACUCCUCCGCUCCGGGGCUCUGGCUGAGCUCACAUAGCCAGGGCUCACGCUUCUGCCCAGGCCCCUGCCCAGAGCUCCGCCCCCGAGACCUGUCUGCCUCACCGGCUUCUCAACCUGGGGGACCCAGGCCUGCCACCCUCCCACCCUGACCCCCCCCCCCAUAUUCCCCUGCCUCUGAGAACGGCGUCACCAGCCACCCAGGCUCCUGAGCUAGAAUUAGGAAUCAUCCAACGCACAGUCAUCCUCGACACCUCCCUCUCACCCCCACAUGGAAUUGGUCGUCAACUCCUAUGGAUUUCGUCUCAGAAAGGAUCCCCAGCACACCCUCCUGUCAGCCCCCACUGGCAGCAUCACAGGGCAGGACCUGCCACCUCUCUCUGAUUCCCUCAGCUGCCCCCUCACUCACCUCUCCAGUCCAUCCUCCGUGCUCUCCACCACCAGCGAGACAGGGAUCUUGGACCACCCCUGCUCAGAAUCCUUCCGUGACUCCCCAUUGCCCUCGGGUAAAAUGCUGACACCUUCAUGUGGCCUACAGGGACCUGCCUGCCCCAGCCCCACCUCCAUUUCCUGCCACAUUCCCAGCCUGCCCAGCAUUGCCCACACCAGACAUGCCAUGCUGGCCAGCUUAUGCUUUUCUCUUCCCCAGCAAGCUUUUCCUGCCCUCUCUUAUCAAAACCUUCUGUUUCUUCCUGGCCUCCCUCCUCUGAGAAGUCUUCCUUCCUUGUUCUUUCAUCAAUGCACGGUAACCCCCACCCCCUCCCAGUUUCCAUGGCACUUGGUUUGUCUCUCUGGGAUCCAUCUGCUUGCCUUUCUGACUCCUUCCCUAGACUUGAAGCUUCUCAAGGGCACGGGCUGCUCUGGUCCAUCUCUGUGUGCCCAGCCCUGGUGUAUGGAGUUGGCAGCUAUGAACAUCUGCUGACUUGAGGGCCGAUGGAAUUGAAAUGAGAGGAAAAGCCUUAGAUGCCAGCUCUGUCCCUAAACGCCUGCUCCUGAGUUGAGGGCCUCGUCCACUGCCCUCCCCCGCAGCCUUCCCAUUGCCUGUGUCUCCCCCACUGCUUCCCUCCUACCUGCUGCCCUCAGCACGGUGGCGAGCCUGGGUCUGCAACAGCCCCGCUGGGAGGGUGAGGCCUCGGUCUCCACCAGGGCCAGUGCCCUCCAGGGAACGGGCCGAGUAGGCCGUGGCCCUGGCCCGUGGUCCUCCACUGUGGUGGUGAGCAGCCUCUCCGAUUUUAAUGCGGGCCUCAGUGCUUCAGUGAAAGCCGGCAAGGGAAGUUGCUAAUAAUGGCACUAAAAUAAAAUAUGCUACAUCUGUUAUGGGUAGCAGAACAAAAUUAGCUGCUCACACCUCUGACAUCCAAGAUGUCUUAACUUAAAAUACUCCUUGGCUUACUUUACAUCAUUUACUGAUUAUAUUUAAAAGAAAUACAAUUUUGCAAUUACUGUUCUUUCCAGCGUGAUAUCUAUGCAUCAUUUUCCUUUUAUGUUUAUAUAUUUCUCCUUCAUUAGUGCAGUCUGAAGGGUGAUUAGGAUUCUUCAAACAUUUUACAGAGGUUAAACGUUGAUUAAGAUUUAAUUAUUACUGUAAAUAGCUUGGAAUGACAUAUGGUGCAAAAGCCUGACAUAUGUGC